GGCUUCUCUUUUUCUCUUCUUUAUACAUAUAUUUAUGUUUUCAUGUUAUUCAGUAGCCCUAACAAAGUCAUACAAAUUACCAAAGAAAUAGAUUCUGCACGUUGUAAAGGUCAUUGGCAUACUAUUCCUGACCUUGCCCGACGUUACGUUAAAUACAACCCUGAAGGCACAGCCUUAGAACAGAUGAUCUUAGCAGAAGCAACUCUUGUACGACUUGGUCAAACAACAAAACCUUGGGAACAGAAACAAGUCAGUGCUCUUCAAGAUCAACUACAAUCCGUAUUUGAACUCCUUGAUAAUACUUCUGAUGAACUCAAAGAGUCCGCCAAGGUAGUACUUGCCCGUCUAUUUUUUGCUUGUCAGGAGUAUGAUCAAGUCUUAGCUCUUUUGGAUGGUAUCUCUCUGUUAACUCCUCAAUCUUCAGGCUAUACUUUUAUAUUGUAUUAUCAAUCUGUUGCUAUCAAAGCCAUGUCCUUCGAAAUGACAGGUGACAUAGAAUCUUCUUUACAAGUUUAUGAAUAUGUUGCCAAUUUGUUGGAGGAUCGAAUACCUACUAAAGAAUUGACACUAGCGGAAUGGGCUGAACAAACUUUAUAUCGGGCAAACAAAUUGGUAUCAUGCAACAACAGUGUGACUACCGACUCUAGUAAUAUUCUUUUGUUUUUACGUGCAUACCAUAGAGCAACAUAUUACCAAUCAGUAUCAUGGCGAACAGAACGACGAAUAGAUAUCACUCUUUCUAUGAUCAAACUUUUAUCAAAACAAUACCGAUCUGGCAAUUAUAUCCCUUGUCGCAACGAUGUCAUUUGUUUAUCUCCAUCAACAAACGAAAAUGAAAAUGUUCAAGACUACCGGAAUGCCUUUGUCGAAGAAAUGAUUGAAUUAUAUACCAUUUGUGAACGUAUGCUACAAGUUCCAUUUAGCAAAGGACAACAACAAUCUGAUCUCUUGAUGGAUUUUAUUGAACAUUUGGCGAAAGAUGUGGAUUUGAUGAUUGAAACCAUUGACGAUUUGAAAGGCUACAAGGAAGUUUUAGACCGUGCCUCUGAGAAAUCAUUCAAUUCUCCUGGUCUUCUACGGCAUUCCUUCUUGACUUUGAUACGAAUUGGUGACUAUGAAGAAGCACAACUUGUAUUACGGUCAUACCUUCAACUUGUUGGUCUUCUUUCUCAUGAACGCCUCGAUGCUCGACAAGAUGGUGAAGUAAUCAUGCAAGAUCAUCAUGGCCGGUAUAUACCACAACGACCAGUAGCAACAACUACCAAUAGCAGCACCACAGCAAAACGUUUAUCUCUACGAAAUACCAAUGAUCAUCCACCAACAAAUGUUGAGUCUGUAUCUUGCCAACUGUCUGUUUUAAUCGAGGCUAUCAAGAUGUUUUGCAAGCAUUUAGGAAAAGGCGUUGAUGCGGUUGAAUUAGCAGAAUUGGCAUUGGAUUUGGUCAAGACAUCGCCAGCAACAAUCAAGGAUGACCGACUAAUAUCAAAUAUAUACCGUACAGCAGGUGUCGCCUAUGGAUUAUUAGCUUCACAAACCAUAAAUAGUGCGAAACGACCUGAAUACCACGAAAAGGCUCUCGAACUAUUACAGCAAUCAAACAAGAUCUUACCAGAUGUAUGGGAAACUUAUUAUUAUCUGGCUCAUCAAUAUGCUGAUAUGCGAAAUAUAAGCACUGCUAUUCAAUAUAUCCGGCAAUCAUUGACUCUCAAUUCAGAUCAUAUUCCCUCAUGGCACUUGUUGACUUUGGCACUUUCCUGUCCUGGACAAGAAGGGUAUUCACAGGCACUUUCUAUUGCUUCAAUGGGAAUUCAAAUUGGAAAAAAGAAUAUCUAUACUUUGGCAUCAACACGAUCCUCGAUAUUGGCUACAACCUAUGAUGAUGAAGAACAACUACUUUUAUUACAAUUGACACACAGCAAGUUGACGAAUGUUUGUGAAGGGCCAACACAAGCCUUGGAAACGCAUCCAUUACUAUUCAAGCUAUAUGGACAAUGGGUGACAGAAGGAACAAAUUAUGAUGAUAUAGAUUUCUCUGUACUUGAUGAUAGGAACAAUGAUCUCCCAUGGAGUGGAAGACUUUUUUCUACUGGCGAUCAAUCUGAUAAGGUACCUCGACCGUUGAUAAUAUCUGGAUCCUUUGGCAAUCUUCGAUCCAUGUCCUCUUUACCGAACUAUCCAACCUCUACGACAUCUUCUUCUUCUUUGAUCUCAUCAUCAGCAGCAUCAACAACAACAUCAAAACCACACAAGUCUCUUCGACGACGCAGUGCUAGCAGCAGUAUGAUUAGUCAUUUUCUCAGUCCCAACGGUGCUCCAAAUGGGGAUACUGUCUCAGUUCUGUCAACGAAAACGGUCUCCAACAAUGAUCAUUACAAAUCAGAUGACAAGAUUUCUUUCAACAUGGUUCAACGUAGUCCAUCCUUGCGAAAAUAUGCGUCCAAUUCAAUGCUCAAGGUACCUACUACUGCCACUACUACUACUAGUGGUCAUUCACAUUGGCAUGGUCUUCAUCUCUUUCCCUCUCGGAGUACCAGUCGUCGUAUACCCAGUCAAUCUCAAAGUGGUGACGGAUUUUCAGUCAUAAAAGAUAGUAUCAGCAACGAUUCCCUCAGCAAACAAUCUGGAUCAGAAAGAGCCAUUCGUUACAAUUCAAGUUAUUCAAUGCAAAGUAAUACUGGAGCAGGAGGAUUAGCAACACCAUCGAUUCAUGAUUCCAUCAAUACCAACCAUUCACCACCUCCAAUGAUACCCUCGCUUUUUAUUCCUCAACAACAUCAUGUCAUGUCGACACGUGCUUAUCUUCGACAUCAACGACAUCAUCUAGUUUUAUGUGAACUUUGGCUUGUGUCUGCGGAAUGGUUUGUAGCUCAAGGUCAAUGGGAAGAGGCAUCCAAAGCUAUUUCUGAAGCGGAACAAGUCUGUCCAGGUCAUCCAGAUGUAUGGAGUCUCUUGGGUCAAAUUAGCAGGAUGAAACAAGACAGUAUUAUUGAUCAUCAUAAGGAUGAUGAUGAUGAUGACGGUGAGCCUGAUGAUAUCAAAGAACGAUUUCAAACAACUAUGGCAAGAUACUAUUUUGAAAAAGGGGUAUCUAUUGAUUCCUCUCAUAUGGACUGUCAAAUUGGAUUGGCGAAAUUAUAUAUGGAACAACAACAGACUUGUUUGGCAGAAGGUAUCCUGAUUUCUCUUACAAAAAGUGUUGGUUGGCAUUCAGCAGAAGCAUGGUAUUUACUUGGUCAAGUUUAUCAACAAACUGAUAGACAACUUGAAAGCAAGAAUUGCUUACUUUAUGCUUUGGAUUUAGAGGCCAGUCAACCCAUUCAACCCUUCCAUGUGUUACCACGUUUUGUUAUUGAUUGAUAUUCUAUUCAAUUAGUUACAUCAUAGUCUUACGUAAACAAUAUAUUUGUUAUCUAUUUUCAAUAAAGAAAACAUUUAUUAAUACAGAAAA